CCAGUCAGACCCUUGUGGGGCUGUUUGUUAUGUGGACGGGUGUUGUUUCUAAAACACAUAGUAGUUAGACAGAGCAGUUUAAUCACUAACGGGUUAGUUUACCAACUACCAGGAAACCAAAGGUCUGCUAAACAACUUGUCGUUACCGUCAUGAAAUGUUCCCCAAGACCCGUUUCUAACCCCCCAAAAACAACUGUCUGGUCUGACGGCGGAGGCGGCCUGGUCUGACGGCGGAGGCGGCCUGGUCUGACGGCGGAGGCGGCCUGGUCUGACGGCGGAGGCGGCCUGGUCUGACGGCGGAGGCGGCCUGGUCUGACGGCGGAGGCGGCCUGUCGUUCACUGCUCAAUGCGUCUACAGUUUCUUGGUAGAAUCCUGUCUCUUAGCUUGUGCGACGUUACGAACACAAGCAGCACAGAAACGGACUCCAGUUCUGCAAGCAGAUCCUGUCCAACCCCAAGUUCACAGAACAUGGGAGGGAUAGAUGGAUGAGAUGUAGACCCCUUUAUAAAGCCUCUCGUUGUCUCCCCCUCCCCCUCCCUGCAGAGACCCUGACGAUGACCUCUCGUUGUCUCCCCCACCCCCACCCUGCAGAGACCUCUCGUUGUCUCCCCCACCCUGCAGAGACCCUGACAAUGACCUCUCGUUGUCACCCCCUCCCCCACCCCACCCUGCAGAGACCCUGACGAUGACCUCUCGUUGUCUCCCCCACCCUGCAGAGACCCUGGUGAUGAAGGGUUUAACCCUGAACUGUCUGGGGAAGGAGGAGGAGGCUUACAACCUGGUCAGACGAGGCAUCCGCAACGACCUCCAUGUCUGUAACCUGUUAAAAACACGCCUGGGAUGUAGUCUGUGGAUGUGUGACUGAAACGGGAUGCCGUCAAGUGUGUCAGAAAACGUCUGUAAAACCAUUUUUACCUCAUUAUAUGUUACCAAAAUAAAAAUGCAUUGUUAUUACAACUGUAGAGAAUCAGACUGAAAUGUAGUCUAUCCUCUUGUCUAUUGGCUUCUCUGCAUAGUCGAGCCUGUCUCAAAAUACAACACUGCCCCUUUAAGGCUCUCCUGGAGGAUGAUUGGCUACCCCAUAGUGGACGAUACAACACUGCCCCUUUAAGGCUCUCCUGGAGGAUGAUUGGCUCUCCUGGAGGAUGAUUGGCUACCCCAUAGUGGACGAUACAACACUGCCCCUUUAAGGCUCUCCUGGAGGAUGAUUGGCUACCCCAUAGUGGACGAUACAACACUGCCCCUUUAAGGCUCUCCUGGAGGAUGAUUGGCUACCCCAUAGUGGACGAUACAACACUGCCCCUUUAAGGCUCUCCUGGAGGAUGAUUGGCUACCCCAUAGUGGACUAUAAAAUACUGCAAUUCCAACUCAAUACUUUGAGGUGGUUACUUCAAAGCAAAGGAGAUGAGGUACCAGCCGCUGCGGCCAGCCCAGAGGGCUUCAUGGAUCGGCUACGCCAGCCUCCUAGAGGACUACGAGAUGGCUGCCAAGAUAGUAGAGGAGUUCAGGAAAACACAACCGACUUCUCCAGACAAGGUGAACUGUGAGUACAGUGAGCUGCUGUACCAGAACCAGGUCCUGAGGGAGGCUGGACUCUACAGGGAGGCUCUGGACCACCUCACCACCUACAAGAAACAGAUCUGUGACAAACUGGCCAUCGAGGAGCCACGAGGAGAGUUGUUUUUGAACCUGGAUCGUCUGGAUGAAGCUACAGCGGUCUAGGAGAGAAACCCUGAGAACUGGUCCUACUACCACGGUCUGGUGAAGGCCCUGAAGCCUGCGGCCAAAAUGAUGGUGUUUCUGGACUCUUCUACAGAAACCAAAGCCGUGGAGCUGGCCACCUCACUAGAUCAGUCACUCAGCAACAGGAGUAUCACGAUCUGCACAGAGGUACUAGAGGCGCUUCGGAAUGGAGGAUUGGGCGAGUCAAAGGAGCGUGCGGAGUGUCACAGGCUCUUCCCGUACACGCUAGCCUUCAUGCCCACGGGGUACGAGGAGAACACCGAGAUCGCCAAUGGCGACGUCUCCACAGAGACCGAGGAGCUGGCCAAUGACAUGUGAGCUGCGUUACGGUUGGAGAAACCUUACGGGCCUAGCACCGAGCCUUGGGGGACACCAAGUCGACUGGACGCCAUUUUGUCGCACCUGUUGAAACGUGGAAGAGACAGAGGGUUUGUUUCUCCUUUGCUUGGGCUUUGGAGCAGUUCGUUUCAUCUCUGUCUCCGACGUGGCGAUCUAGGACUGUGUGUGGAGGAGGAGGAGGAGGAAGGGAAUGAAAAGGGACUACUACUCUAACUGAAAAUACAACAUCAACAAACACUGUUAUCAAAGAGUUUAUUAAAAAAACACAACCAACAGACAGAUGAGAUGAAACUAUUUAUGUAAUGGACAACAACACUUGGUAUUUUUUCAGAUGGGAGACUUUUUGACACUCUAAAUACAAUAUUUAUUUAGUUAGCUUAUUGACUGAUUGGUUGGUUGUAUGAUUUGAUUAUUUCAUAUGCACACAGCAUACACACACAAUCUAUUGUAUAUCAGACAUGUACGAUGUACUUCCUCUGUAACCCACAGAUCAUAAGAGAAUAACAAUAUCUAUAUACUACUAACAUCAUAAUCAAUAUCAUAACAUUUAUAAUCAAUAACAUCAUUAUCUAUAUACUACUUGCAACAUCAUAAUCAAUAUCAUAACAUUUAUAAUCAAUAACAUCAUCUAUAUACUACUAACAAUAUCCUGGCUGCAUCAUGUUAUGGGUAUGCUUGUAAUCGUUAAGGACUGGGGAGUUUUUCAGGAUAAAAAAAAAUCACGAAAUGGAGCAAAGCACAGGCAAAAUCCUAGAGGGAAACAUGGUCUGCUUUCCACCAACACUGGGUUACGAUUCAACUUUCAUCAGGAUAAUAACCUACAACACAAGGUGCUUACCAAGAAAACAGUGAAUGUUCCUGAGUGGCCGAGUUACAGUUUUGACUUGAAAAAGAUCAAUAACUAAUUAGACAGUUUGAAGAAUUGUGGGCAAAUGUUGCACAAUCCAGGUGUGGAAAGCUCUUCUAGAUUUACCCAGAAGGCACAGCUGUAAUUGCUGACAAAUGUGAUCCAAACAUGUAUUGACUCAGAGGGUUGAGUAUUUUGUGUAGAUCAUUGACAAAAUCCCAUGUUAUAAGUAAAGGAGUGUGAAUAUUUUCUGAAGGCACAACAUCAUAACAAUAAUCUGCAUCGUAAAUCAAUAUCAACAUCAUGAGAGAUUUCUACAUCUAAAAGAAAACAAACUACAACAAUAAACCAAGUUGACUUGUGAAAAAUA